AUGGAAGGGCUUAAUCCCAUUUCAGAUGAUGUGGAAUAUUCUGCUUUUAUUUUUGAUGCUUAUGGAACAGAUGGUGUAAUUUCAGUUUAUAUGGAUCAUAUUAGGGUUGGUGUUGAUGGGUGGCUUGAUGAUGAAGAUAAUGAACAUGAGUCUUGUAUUGAUGGUGAAAAUGAAGAUAACAUAGAUGAACUUAGGAAUGUUGCCUUUGAAAUUAAUGAGGAUGUAGUGCAUAUGAAUAGGACAUCAAAUGAUCCUUUCUUGAGUAAGUUAUGUGUUGAUGAUGAGGAGGAUAACAACAUUGUAGAUGAUGAUAAUGGGAGAGAAAUUGAACUUAACAUUCAAACUCAUUCCAUAUUUAAUGAGCUAUUACACUGGAAAAAAAAACAAAAAUCAAUUCUAGGGAUGAAAUUUAAGGGUCCAGGGCAAGUAAAAUCAAUGUUGUGA